AUGUCUGACGUCCAGAACUCGACCUCUCCCGCCCCGGCCGCCGGCCAAACUUCCUCUCCCCCAGCUGAGGGCGCCGGCGCGAACGGCACCGGCCAGCUCAACACCAACGUCACCUCUGAUGGCGGCGACAUGCAGACCCCCACCUCCGCGGCCCCGUCCACUGCCCACCACAACUCCGCCUCCCUCUACGUUGGCGAGCUCGACCCCUCCGUCACCGAGGCCAUGCUCUUCGAGCUGUUCUCCUCCAUCGGCCAGGUCGCCUCCAUCCGUGUCUGCCGUGACGCCGUCACCCGUCGCUCGCUGGGCUAUGCCUACGUCAACUACAACAACGCCAAUGACGGCGAGCGCGCGCUGGAAGAGCUGAACUAUACCCUUAUCAAGGGCAAGCCGUGCCGCAUCAUGUGGUCUCAGCGCGACCCGGCCCUUCGCAAGACCGGCCACGGCAACGUCUUCAUCAAGAACCUCGACACUGCGAUUGACAACAAGGCUCUCCACGACACCUUUGCCGCUUUCGGAGACAUCCUCAGCUGCAAGGUCGCUCAGGAUGAGCACGGCAACUCCAAGGGUUACGGCUUCGUCCACUACCAGACCGCCGAGGCUGCCAACGCCGCCAUCAAGAGUGUUAAUGGCAUGCUCCUGAACGAGAAGAAGGUGUUCGUCGGCCACCACAUCCCGAAGAAGGACCGCAUGAGCAAGUUCGAGGAGAUGAAGGCCAACUUCACCAACGUCUACGUCAAGAACAUCGACCUCGAAGUCACGGACGACGAGUUCCGCGACCUUUUCUCCAAGUAUGGCGACAUCACCUCUGCCUCCCUCGCGCACGAUAACGAGACUGGCAAGAGCCGCGGCUUCGGCUUCGUCAACUACAUCCGUCACGAAGAUGCCAACAAGGCGGUCGAGGAGCUUCACGACUCCCAGCUGAAGAGCCAGGUUCUCUAUGUUGGCCGUGCCCAGAAGAAGCAUGAGCGUGAGGAGGAGCUGCGCAAGCAGUACGAAGCUGCCCGUCAGGAGAAGAAUGCCAAGUACCAGGGCGUCAACCUCUACGUCAAGAACCUGGCCGACGAGAUCGACGAUGAAGAGCUUCGCAAAGUCUUCGAGCCCUACGGCGCCAUCACUUCUGCUAAGGUCAUGCGCGACACGGUGCCCCUCGACAGCGACGGCGAGCCGAUCAAGGAGACGGAGGAGAAGGAGGAAGAGAGCAGCGAGGAGAAGAAGGAAGAGGACAAGGACGGCGAGAAGAAGGAGGAUGGUGUUGAUGAGCUGGAAAAGAAGAUGGACACUGUCACCAUCGGCGGCGAGAAGAAAAUGCUGGGCAAGAGCAAGGGCUUCGGCUUCGUCUGCUUCUCCAACCCAGACGAGGCUACCAAGGCCGUCACCGAGCUCAACCAGAAGAUGGUGCACGGCAAGCCGCUCUACGUCGCCCUUGCCCAGCGCAAGGAGGUCCGCAAGAGCCAGCUCGAGGCCAGCAUCCAGGCUCGCAACCAGGUUCGCAUGCAGCAGCAGGCUACGGCCGGCGGUAUGCCUCCGCAAGCCUUCAUGCAGCCGCAAGUGUUCAUGGGCCCGAACGGACAGCCGAUGGUGAUGCCAGGUGGUGGUCGUGGGCAGAUGCCGUUCCCGAUGGGCAUGCCACAGCAGGCGGGCCAGCGCGGCGGCUUCCAAGGCAUGCCGCAGCAAGGUGGACGUGGAGGUCCAGGCGGGAUGCCCGGUAUGCCAGGCAUGCCGUAUGGCUUCCCACCACAGAUGGGUAGCUACAACCCUGCCAUGGCCGCUCAGAACCCUGCCGCCUACGCCCAGUUGAUGCAGGCUGCCCAGCAGGCACAAGCCGCUGCCAUGGGUCGCGGUGCUGGUCGUGGCGGUCAGAUGCAGGGCAUGGGCAUGCCGAUGAUGCAGGGCAUGCCGCCACAGAUGAUGGGUGGGAUGCCAGGCCGUGGAGGCUUCCCCGGCGGUCAGCAGCCUGGUCGUGGUGGUAUGAUGGGCGGUCCAGGUCGUAUGGACGAGCAGCGCGGUCGCCAGGCUACCCGUGGGCCACAGCAGCAGUCUGACGGCUCCCCAGGCGUCGACCUCGCUCAGCUCAACAGCGUGCCGCCGCCUCAGCAGAAGCAGAUCUUGGGUGAGGCCCUCUACCCGAAGAUCGCCACCCAGCAGCCCGAGCUCGCUGGCAAGAUCACCGGCAUGCUGCUCGAGAUGGACAACCAGGAGUUGCUGAGCCUCACCACCGACGAUGACGCCCUCCGUCUCAAGGUCGACGAAGCCAUGAACGUCUACCACGAGUACGUCAAGAACCAGGGUGGCCCGAGCGAUGAGCCCAGCGCUGGCGGCAUGAACGGCGGCCCUGAGAACAUCAACCCGUCGGUCGAGGAGGUCAAGGAUGCUGAGGCUUGA